AUACGUUGCACAGUUGCGCAGUUAGUAUGAUACGUUCCACUCGCCAACAAAGUACGUAUAUCGAAAAAUUUCGCGCCAUUGAAGCGCGCCUGUGAUAAGAAUCUCUCUUGUUUGGGAGAAUAAAUCCUCAACGACGAAUAGUGCUCGAAAUUCUUCGAAUUUUUGAAAUUUUGAGAUUGCGUAGAAUUUUCGAACUUUCUUCAUCUUUCCUAUCUUCUGGAAUAUUGUAGAAUUUUGUAAUUUUAUUGUAAAUUUUUUGUAAUCUGACACUUUGAAACUUACGGAAUAUUUUACAAUGUUGCAAUUUUAUGGAAGUUUGGAAUUUGGGAGAGCUCGUUUGUCUAAAUAAGAAAAGCAAUUUUCCCCGUGUUUCUCUCAAAACCUAGCGGAACUUGAGGAACGUAAAAAGGAAGAAUCAUGGAACGAUGGGCCGGAAAAUCGGCGAUCGUUACUGGCGCGGCAUCCGGCAUCGGGCGAGCAAUUACGAUAGCUCUUCUAGAAAAAGGAGUAAACGUACUCGCGCUGGAUGUACAAACUGAAAAAUUAUCAACUCUCGCGAAUGGGUGGAAUGCAAAUUGGGGUAGAAUAUGCCUAAUGCGUUGCAAUGUAAGUGACGAGAAGGAUCUGAAGUCCGCUUUCGACUACCUGGAGAACAACGUUGAAGAAUCGUGGAACGGCGGCGUCGAUAUCAUGGUGAACAAUGCCGGAGUUAUCGAGUACACUCGCGUCAUUGAGAGCGAUAGAGCGGCAUUCGAAAGGCUGUUAAAUAUUAAUGUCCUCGCAACCGCCGUGUGCAUCAAUCGGGCGGUGCGCUCGAUGCGCCAGCGGAACGUCGAAGGGCAUAUUUUCAAUAUCAACAGCGUGCUGGGACACGAAAUUCCGAGUGGAUUCCUUUCGGAAAUCGAUGGCUGUAAUGGCUGGAACCUGUACCCGACUUGCAAACACGGCAAUGUUGCAUUAACGCAUACGGUGAGACGGGAAUUGGCGGCCAUUAAAGCACCGAUUCGAAUCACCAGCAUCAGUCCGGGUAUCGUUGAAACGGAUAUAGCCAGACACACGCCUACAAUAUCGGAAACAUUGAAAAAUAUUCCAGCCCUUCGACCCGAAGACAUCGCUGAUGCUGUGAUUUACGCGUUAGGUACUCGACCCGAGGUGCAAAUUACCGAACUCACUAUUCAACGCACUGGUGAAGCCUAAUGUUCUCAUGCGUUUGUAGCUCUAAUACAUAGAGCACAGCGGCCGCAACCAGGGAUACGCCAGCACCAGGAGAAGGUGUGUCACCCUCGGAAGGCUUUGUAGGGAAAUUCCUGAAACGUCGCGGAAGAGUACCUGGUCGGCUGGUAGAGAACACUCGAUACCAUUUGAAAGCACGUAGGUAAGCAUUUAUCCGGAAUAUCCUAUUUAUCUUGAUGCUGAAACACGCGCCGUCCCUUAUUCUGGCAAUUCGGUCACGUCUUACCAGUCCAGCGUUUCGACGAAAACCUGCAAUUUCGAUUUCUUCCCAAAGAUUUCCAGACUUCGUCCCCUUCUACUCUUUCAUCCUAGUCUUCUUCGUCUGCUUUUUCGUCUCCGUCUCCUUUCGUCGCUUUUCUCUCGCCAUUUCUUUUACACGUUUUUCCACAUAGACGAGCGUGUUUCCUCUGUUGAGAACCUAACACUCGUAUACACUCGUUCAAACGGAAUGCAGCUGGCAAAUAAAGGCGCAAACUACCGUUUUCGGAGCAACAGCUAAGAUACAGACUGUUCCAUGUGUGCAGAAAUCAAUCUAAGCCGACGAGCUUUGUUGCUUUUUACUUUUCCCCGCGUUUGAUCGUUCCUUGCAUCGCUGGCGAAAACAAACGGGAAGUUAUCGUAGGAAUUUCACGUGUCGCUGGAUAUCAAAAAGGAGCGCUUUCGUUCCUCUCCAAUCUGGCACUCUUUGCGGAUGUUGUUGGUCGUUACAAAUUUCGCUGAAGACAACUCGAAGAUGUAGAGACUAUUUUUCCCUGGUAAUCUACGAUUCUGUUUUCUUGGUUAAAGCGUUUUUGCAGUUUUCAUGGGAAAAAAUGAUGCAAAAAAUGGUAAUAAACCGCUCGGUAUAAUUAGAGAAAUUUGCUGGCGGCUGGGGGAUAAAACGAAUUGCAAGACUGGCGAAACGUUUUAUGUUUAAUAGCAUGGCUUCUUCGACGAACGUAAAGUGUUGCUUAACAUUUAAACGGAGAAGCAAGUGUCGGUUAAAUAAACUUAUUUAUAUAGCUUGCGCUUCGAGGGUUGAAGUUAAUUACUACGAGAUUAGCUAUUAUGGUUCAAUUUGCGAAAAUAGAUAUUCCGAAAAUGUAUUGCAAAGAGAAGUUGCAAGCGCGGAGCAGCAAUCCUUAAUACCAUCAUAGUUCAAUCACCUUAACUACCGAAUUAAAUUGACACAAAAAAUUCGACAGAAUUUGAAAUCGUUUUCAUGCUCGAGGUCGUGAGCAUUUCGGUCUGCUUGAAAUCAUGUUACUCGUCCUACAGUGUUCGGCUCUCACACACAGACACUUCGGUGCAACCAAUUAUCAUGCUCAAAUAGUCGUGCGAAAAUAUUAAAUUAUUGCUAUCUUUCCGCUUCGAACGUAAAUUUACUUAGAAAAGGGGGACACGAAAAUCUGCGAAUCCGUCUACGCCGGAUACAUAUUGAACGUUGCAGCAAUGCGUGAAACCAGCUUUUAGAUAGACUUCAACAUCGUGACGAUCCUUCCGCGAAAUGCACUUUCGAAUUUAACGUUGCUAUUGUUUCUUCUCUUCUCUCUACCGGCCGGUUUUUUUUCCGUUCCUCGUAGAGAGAUCGUCAUUCGGUAUUGUCGAUGUGAAUGGCUAAAUUGCACAAACAAUUAAUUCUUGUGGCAAGUAAAUACUCGUAUCCUCGUUGAACGGAACGGAAACGAGCGGAGAGCCGCAAUUUCAGAAUUUUGCAACUGCCGCGAUUAACUGAAUAACUCUUGAAUUUCGUGUUCGAAACGUAACGUUGCACGAUGGUGGUUUCUCACCCUCCAGAACUUCCCGCGCGGCCGAGGAAAUUCCACUUAAUAACUGCUUCUAAUCCAGAUGGAGAAUCGAGCAUUUUACUAAUGUUUGCCUUGGUUUUGCCAAAAGUUCUACUUAAUGAGUUUCGCUUGUAAUGCCGGUGGCCAACAAUAUGUUUCCGAAAUGUAAUUUCAUGUUUAAAUUUAAUGUCGCGACCGCCUACGUCGCUAUACCCAAACACCUUAAUUAACACGAAUAUAUCUCAAUUACGAUUCAUCUUUCUCUUAGUUACCAGCAACUUCCUACUAAGUUUCCCAAUCCCUUAAGUUAAUCUUGCAAUGACUUCGCUACCAAUAUUUAACAAUUUACUUUUACCUGCGCGAUACCUUUUCGUUAUGAUCAUUUCGUAUAAGCGAAUCUCAGUCUUCCAACACGAAGGUGCUCUUAGCUGUUGCGGCGUUAUUCGAUUUCGAGUUGGAAAUCAUUCGCGUAAUCAACGUUCCACAGACAGAGAGAGAUUGAUAUCGGGGCGCUAGUUUGGGCGGUCGCGCGAGCAGAGUGCAUGACGACGUCAUAAGUAAACCACUGCAACGCGCGUGCGCGCGUUGUACACAGUAAUUAUGUGUUAACUACCCGUUAAGCAGCACUUCGUUCUAAUGACGUCAUGUACGUCCUGCUAACGACGAGACGGUAAUGCGCGGCCUGUGUACAAUGCUUGAAAAGCCGAACAUUACAAAUCUCGUGAAUUACCUCGGAUUCUGGCGAGUUAACGCUAUGCCGAUCGAUUAUUAACUACGAGAUUUGUGUAUUCAACCGAGCCGGCGACGCGCUCCUUCGGUUUCAGCGAUGAUCGAUCGAUGGAAUUUUCGAAGAGCGAAUGUCGUUCCGUAAUUUGAAUACCGACGUAAUUAAUGGCCGCUCCGUUUCAUGAAUCGCUUAUCAUUCACAAAGAAUUCGGAUCUUCGUCGUUGAAUCUUUUAUUUAAAUUUAAUUUUGAUCUCGUUCCAUAGGGAAUGAAAUUUCGAAAAAAUGUCAGUUCGACAAGGUUAAUAAGCAACAUUUUUGGCUCGGCCGCUCGGAUAUGGACGGUUAAUUAACGUAGCUAAUUGGGAAUUCGCAUAUCCCUUUGCCAUUAAAUUCGCACAUAUUUGUGCCUGCGUUGCUUUCGGCCUUUAAACUAGAUAUUCCGCUGAAACGCCAGUUGUCCCGCUUAAUUUUUUACCUUUGCGCGCCCGCGCGUUUCUGUUUUACACUCGUUCCACGCUGUAAAAAUAAUUUUCAUCUUGCUAAUUUUUUCUUUGCGCGUUGCUCCCAACGAACCUGCCAAAAUCGCCACCUCUAAUGUUCAACGACUGUUUCAGGCUUUUAAUGAACUUCCUUUUAAAUACGUUUGCCAUAUUUUUACUUUUCACUGUUCCUCCAGAAGCAAAUUACAGCGUUAACAAUGGCGAAAGGAACGCUAUUAAGAAGCGAACACACUUUUCGAUAAAAUUACCUCUUUUAAAUAUUCAUUUAUUCUGUGAAUUUAAACUGAUUCGUUAUAAUUUUCCCUCUCAGCGUUUCUAACAAAAUUAUCAACUCCCACUUCUUAACUCUCUCGCAACCCAAACCCAAUUUGUAGUCUUCGAAGCAGCUCUCGAACUACAACCUACACCCUUAACUCUAGAAAUCUUCAUUUUCUAUCGAAUCCAGCCUCGACACCGUGUAAGUAAAUAUGGUCUAUAUAUAACUACCUUUGUUUCUAGAAAUCUUUACUUUCUAUCAAACCUAACCUUCAUUUUUCCAUAAAUCGAAACAGCUAUCUUUAACGUUAUCCAAAGUAUGUUUUUCAAAAUUCACAUUUCUCAGUGACAUCUAAGUAACACUGGAUCACAACCGGCGACCAUAAUUAAACUUCCUGAACACAUUCGAUACCUGGAACUCGCAGCAUCCCCUGACCACGUAGAACGAACCAGGGGAGCAGCUAGCCACACUCUCAAGCGAACAGGGCCGUACAGCGUUAAUUGAUCAAAUUACAGGGCUAGCAUCGAAAUUGCAGAGCUGUCCGGCUGGUUUUCGGAUCGGUGCAAGCCGAAAGGGGGCCGAUCGUGGUAACCCCUCGCCGACACUACCUUCCAGGUUCACCCUUGGCCGACCUAUCUCGCUGCAUCGCCGAAAUCGGGGGAAGGAGGACCACUUCAAUCGGGACGAUGUUCCGCGAAUCCAGUCGACCGGUCAAGUGUUCAUUGCCGGUUCAUUCGCGCGAAUUCCGCUUUUAAUUAAUGACUAUCCAUUGGCUGCCACCCCUCCAUAGGUUGAUGAUUGAUCGACCGUAUCGCUGAUUACCAAUGAACACCAAAUCUAUUUCCGUUUCCUACAUUAAUACCCUUUGGAUACUAUUUCUGUCGUGUGUUGAUCGAUCUUUAUCGUCAACUUAUGUGGUCUUGGGGUUGAUGUAAAGAUGAGAAUAGUUCGAGAUCGAUUCAAUCGCCGACGUUUGGUUUGGUAUACUGAAGUUAUAAAUUGUAAAAUGGAAGGAUUAUCCUACUUGAUGUGACAUAUGCAAAUAUAUGAGGAAUUUUUAGGGUGGUUGGAAGUUUGUUCCGUAACAGAGCGAAAAAUUUUUAAAGGAAAUAAAUUCAGCUUAUUCGAAUGUGUAAUCUUCGAGUUUAUAAUAUCGCAAUGAAUUGUUUUAGCGAAUUUUCUAUCUAUAUUUCGUUAUGAGAAGAUGUACAGGGAAAUUGAAAACUUCGUAACGCUUUAUUAUCUAUAUCGUAGAGUAUUAAUGUUGUUUGAAACACUAGUAACACUGACCACAAAAUUCACGAAACAAACUGGAUGUAUACAUCUGAACGUCCGUUUCCAAAUCGCUAUCAUUACCUUUGCAUUACACGCCCUGUCGAGAUGACACAGCUCCCUGCGAGUGGAAGCUUGAUGAAAAUGAGAGGUCAGCCCGGGUUAAGCUCGUAAUUCAUAGAAUUAUUACCGGUAUCACAUAACCUAACGUACCUCGAGGCAUUCGCGAUGCUGGAUCCUUCGGCGAAGUGGUCAACAACGACGAAAAUUUUGCUGUAUCCAACUGAGAUAUUACCGAGCGCAUGCUCUGUGUUCGCCGUAACGUCGUUUAUUUCCCUCUCUGAUGACUUUCUAGUCCUCGCGAGAACACCACCCGCUAUAUAUGAGAAAGUAGAUAAAUAGACUUCGUAAAAAAUAUUACUAAAUUUUGUUACGUAUAAAUGUUACCUAUCGUGUGUAUAUGUAUAAUAUAUUGAAGCGUUUACUGUGUGUUA